AUGAAAGUCCAUUAUUUUAAUAUAUUUUUAUUUUCCCUUCCAUUAAAUAUAAUAUUAUUAUCAUCACAAGUAUAUAAUCAAAGGAACCAUUACAUGAAACCACAUACGUACACCAAUAGAUCAUUAUGCGAGUGUGAAUUGUAUGCACCAUCUAACUAUGAUAAUGACCCUGAAAUGAAAGCAGUAAUGCAAGGUUUUGAUCGUCAAACGUCGCAACGUUUUGAAGAAUACAAUGAACGCUUGCUCGAAAACAAACAAAAAUGUAAAGAACAAUGUAAUAAAGAAAUCCAAAAAAUUAUAUUAAAAGAUAAAUUAGAAAAAGAAUUAAUGGACAAAAUUGUCACGUUAGACACGGAUAUACAAAGUGAUGCCAUUCCAACAUGCGUUUGCGAAAAAUCAGUCGCAGAUAAAGUGGAAAAAACAUGUUUGAAAUGUGCAGGUGUUUUGGGAGGUGGUGUGACACCUGCUUGGGGUUUGAUCAGCGGUAUUGUAUAUACUGGAUGGAAAACAGCCGCGUUAGCCGCUGCUACGAAAGAGGCUAUAGCUGAGGCUGCAGCUAAGGGUGCUGCUGCAGGUCUUAAGGCAGGUGUUAAAUCAGUUAUUUCAGAAGUAAGUUCACUAUUUGGUGUAUCAACUAUAGAUGAUAAGGCAUUGGGUUUAGUUAUUAAUGCAACAAAUUAUAGAGAUGCCCAACUAAUUUCUGGAGCUAUUUAUAAACAAUUUGAAAUGACAUGUAUGCCUCCUGGCGCUCUCCCUAAUCUUAGUAAUCCUAUUUGUAUUUCGAUGUGGAGUAAAUUUGUAUCUACAAAUGGUUCAAGUAGAGAUUUAAUAAAAAAUAAUAUAAAAACAUAUGUACAAUCUUUCGUCUCACAAGCCGAAACUACUGCUGCUCACGUUACAAAGACCACUACUGAGAAGGUAACUACUGAACUCACAACUGAAAAGACCGGUGAGAUAGCAGCUACUUAUAUGGGUUACCAAACUCCUAUUAUUGCUUCCAUCGUUGCAAUAUUGGUAAUCGUUUUGGUUAUGGUGAUAAUAUAUUUAAUUUUGCGUUAUCGAAGAAAAAAGAAAAUGAAGAAAAAACUCCAAUAUAUCAAAUUAUUAGAAGAAUAG